AUGCAUUGCCUGCUUCAACUGAGUCUGGCCGUGGCCCUUUGUGCCCUCUUGGCCCCAUCCGCCACCUUGGCCGAACGCCGCAGUGUGUACCGCCUGGGUGGAGCUUCCUCCGCGGACGCUCCUCUGGAGGCCCGCUUCACCUCCUCGAUCGCCAACAAGCUGUCCGCGCUGAAGGGCACCACCACGACGACCACGAUAGCGAGUCUCACCUCCACCGACACGCCCAGUACCACCACAGUGACGUCCUCGCCCAGUGGACCCACCACCUCCACGGGCACUUCCACCACCACCAACACGCCCACUACCACCGGCACUGGCACCGGCACCGGCACCGCCACCACCCGUCGCGCCUUCGGCAGCGGCUUCAACCACGAGGAGAUCGACGAGGAGGAGGACGAGAUGCCCAGGUCCUUCGAGGAGGAGGACGACGACGACGAGGGCGGCAGCUCGGCGGACGAGGACAACGACGAGGACGACGAGGAGAGCUUCUACGUGGACGCCCCCGUGGCCAACAACGCCGUGGUGCAGCCGCAGACCGCCGACUCCGUCGGAUCCGUGGUCCGCCCCACCGAGCUGCAGUGGCGCCAGUUCCAGGCGGAGCAGCGCAACCGGCGGCGCAUCCAGCGCCUCCAGCGGGAGCACAACCAGCGCAUCCGGGCGCUGCUGCGCCGCCAGCGGGCCGCCGAAAAGCGCAGCCAGCAGCAACUGCGCCGCCAGCGCCAGCAGAGCCGUCGUCGCAACUCGCUGCGCCAGCGCCGCAACCGCAACCGCUCCAGGGCGCAGCGCCAGCGCCAGCGCAAGACCCAGAUGAGCCGUCGCCGCCGGCAGCAGCAACAGCGCCAGCGGCGCCACCGCCAGCAGCAGCGCCGCCGCCUCCUGCGCAUCUUGCGCCGCCGUCGCCGCGGCGGUCGUCGCAACUAA